AUGCCCCCGAUGCCUAACAAGGAAGACCCGAACGGGACCUGGAACUACCUCGAAGCCGGUGUCGAGAGGAUCAUGACCGACCUGCGCGAGGGAAUCGACAUGAAGACGUAUAUGGGUCUCUACACAGCCAUCCACAACUUUUGCACGGCGCAAAAGACUGUCGGGACUGGAGGGUUCGGAGCGCAAUCAAACAGCACGAUGAAUAGCCGUGGAGGUGCCCAUCUGCUUGGUGAGGACUUAUAUAACCACCUCAUCGAGUACCUGACGAAGCACCUGCACGAUGUUCACAAGCACUCGACUGAGCACUCCGAUGAGGCCCUUCUUAGCUUCUACAUCAAGGAAUGGAACCGCUACACGACCGCCGGCCAGUACAACAACCACUUAUUUCGCUACCUCAACCGCCAUUGGGUCAAGCGCGAGAUGGACGAGGGCAAGAAGAACAUUUACGACAUUUACACCUUGCACUUGGUGCGGUGGAAGGAAGACAUGUUCAUGGCUACUCAGGAGAACGUCAUGAAGUCUGUCCUGCGCUUGGUGGAGAAACAACGGAACGGCGAGACCAUCGAACAGUCGCAGAUCAAAAGCGUAGUCGACUCAUUUGUUUCCCUCGGCUUGGAUGAGUCUGAUCCCACGAAGAUGACGCUUGAUGUGUACAAGGAGUACUUUGAGAAGCCUUUCUUGCUCGCCACGGCGGAAUACUACCGCGAUGAGUCUCGCCGCUUCCUUGCCGACAACAGUGUGGUUGAGUACAUGAAAAAGGCGGAGACGCGUCUUGACGAGGAAAAGGAGCGUGUCCCGCUCUACUUGCUUGACGAAAUCAUGGUUCCUCUGAUGCGGACGUGCGAGACGGUGUUGAUUGCGGACCACUCGCAAGCUUUGCGCGAGGAAUUCCAGCUUCUUCUGGACCAAGACCGAAUCGAGGAUCUUGCGCGCAUGUACAAGUUGCUUGCCCGCAUCCCCAACGGCCUGGAUCCUCUGCGUACCCGUUUCGAGAACCACGUCCGGAAAGCAGGUCUAUCUGCGGUUGAGAAGGUCGCGACUGACGGCGAGAACCUUGAGCCUAAGGUUUAUGUCGAUUCCCUGCUGGAGGUGCACUCUCAGUACCAGGAUCUGGUGAACAAAGCCUUCAACGGCGAGUCGGAGUUUGUGCGGUCACUGGACAAUGCAUGCCGCGAGUUCGUCAAUCGUAACAAGGUCUGCAAAUCUGGCUCCACCAAGUCGCCAGAACUUCUUGCCAAGUACACCGACAGCUUGCUGAAGAAGUCGAGUGCCAAGGGCUCUGAAGAGGAUGAUGUUGAGAAGCAGUUAGACCAGAUCAUGACCGUCUUCAAGUAUAUUGAGGAUAAGGAUGUCUUCCAGAAGUUCUACUCGCGCAUGCUGGCGAAGCGUCUGGUCAACACCACUUCUGCUUCCGACGAUGCGGAAACCUCGAUGAUUGCGAAGCUCAAGGAUGCUUGCGGUUUCGAGUACACCAACAAGCUCCAGCGCAUGUUCCAGGACAUGCAGACUUCCAAGGAUCUCAACGCCGCUUUCAAGGACUGGCAAUCAGAAACGCUCGACGACGAGGACAAGAAGACGGCCGUCGAUGCGACAUACCACAUCCUCGGAACUGGUUUCUGGCCACUCAACCCUCCGACGACUCCAUUCGUGCCGCCUCAGGCCAUCGUCAAGACCUACGAGCGUUUCGGCGCUUUCUAUGGUAGCAAGCACUCCGGCCGCAAGCUGACGUGGUUAUGGCAACUGUGUAAGGGUGAGCUUCGGGCCAACUACCUCAAGGUCGCAGGCGGCAAAGCGUCACCAACCUUCCAAGUCUCGACCUACCAGAUGGCUCUUCUCCUGCUGUUCAACGACAGCGAUACCGUCACUUACCCGGAGAUGGUUGAGGCGACCAAGCUCUCCAAGGAGACGCUUGACCCUAGUAUCGCCGUUUUCAUCAAGGCCAAAGUUCUGACCGCCGAGCCCGAGGGUGCUAAGCCGGAGCCUGGUACAACGUACAAGCUCAACUAUGGCCUCAAGAGCAAGAAGAUGAAGAUGAACCUCAACAUUGGUAUCAAGAGCGAGCAGAAGGCCGAGGUCGAGGACACGCACAAGACCAUCGAGGAGGACAGGAAACUGCUGAUGCAGUCGGCGAUUGUGCGUAUCAUGAAGUCGCGCAAGAAGAUGAAGCACCAGCAGCUCGUCGGCGAGACGAUCAACCAGAUCCGGUCGCGCUUUACGCCCAAGGUAGGCGAUAUCAAAAAGUGCAUCGACAUACUCCUGGAGAAGGAGUACCUCGAGCGGCUCGAGGGCGACGAGAACGAACUAGGAUACUUGGCAUAG